AACAUAUCGAAAGCAAACAUAUACAUACAAAAAUUCAUUGAUUUUGUCAACGUAAAACACACAGUGCAGCAGAGCAGUUAAAUCUGUAUGCUGGUUAAAUAGCACAGUUAACUGAAUUAGAAACGCUGGAGCGGCAAAAGUUCGGCGGCAAUGCGAACGGUCUGAAGAAAAAAGCCCUGAAGCGAAGGCUUUUACCUGGGCCACUGUCCAAUCAGAACGCUGCUCCCAAUCAGAACUUGCAAAGGGGGCGGGGGUGGAAAGAGCGAAAAAUCCGGAUACGGGAAACAGUGGCAAAAAGCUGAAAAAAAACAAACAAUCGACGAGUGUGUGGAAUAGCAUGCAAUGAUGGAAAAAUGACCAGGGAUCUGAGAUUUCGGACCACGGAUCACUAGUGGGAUAAGGCCGUAAAAUGCCCCGGAACACUUGCAGGCCAAGUGAAUGCGCUGCUAUCCAGGAUGAACCGGAGGCGAAAGCAAAUAAUAACAACAACAAUAAUAAUAAUAACGAGGGUAUCAUAAAACAGGAACUAGAGGCAGCUCCGCCGGUUUGCCACAGGAAAUCGGAGCGCCGGAGAGUGGCCCGUGAUAUCUUUUUGGUUUUCGAAGAGCAGACCACCCGGCGACGGGGGAAGGGAGCACGGGGCAAGACCACAAGGGCUAAACAAAAGUUUGGACACCUAAAGGUAGCUAAUACGCCGCGCAUCAAUAAGAAUGUGCUGCGCGAAAUCAAAACGGAACCAAAGUGCAGCCCGGAAGCAGUUGCCCCGGCUGCUGCCCAACCUAUUACACCCAUUCCCGCACUGAAUCCCUUAAUUCCUUCUCAAAUAACCCCGCCUGAAUCUGUCCUGCCUGAGGAGCAGACGCCACCCAAAUCUUUGCCGCGAACGGCAGCCGUGAAAUUGGAAACCAAAACAACUGUCGCAUCCAUAGCCGCUGCAUCUAAUGUGGCGGUAUCCAAGCGAAUCAGUCCCAAGCCGAAGGCUCCACCUGUUGUGCAGGAAGAGAAGGAGGUGUCAACAGCAACUCCUGGCUCACCAACAAUUCCUCAGCCCGUUUCCGCACCCGCCACCACACCCACGACGCCCAGCGUCAAUCCCAUCUUCCUGUGGGUCAAACAAGACGAUACCCGCAUUGUGGAGGUGCGCUGCGAAGAUUACGACAAGCGAAAUAGGAUACGUCUAACCAAGACGACGAAUGGAUGGCGUUCUAUGCCACGAACAGAUGCUUCCUCAACUAGGAUAGUCAAAUUCUUCCAUGGCUCCGCCGCCCCACUGAUGAAGGUCAAGCGUGAGCAGCAUCUGCAGCGCCUGGAGGAGGAAGAGCAACACCACCAGGAGCUGGACCAGGCAGAGGAGCACGAGCAAGACCAGGAUCAUGCGGAGCAGCAGUUGCCGUCCAUUGGACAGACUCUGUUGAACGAUUGGGAUGACAGUGCCACGCAAUUACCAGACGAGAUUGAAGAUGAAGAAGAGAGGCAGGAAAGUGAUCCUGCAGAGCAACAAAAUGGCCACUUGACCACUGUGCUCGAAGAUGUAGUGGUGCUGCCACCUGCCCUAGAGCCGGAAACAGCACCCACGCCUUGUUUCGAUGGACUUCUGGACAGUGAGGAGACCAAUGCGUCCACUAAGGCCACCAAGACCAAUACGCCCACAUAUCAGAGCUCAACGCCGUCGCCGCUGCAAAUGCAGCUGUGCCCGAAGACGGGUCUGUUUUUGCCUAAAGGAGAUCUUGCCCUGGUUCAGCUCCCUGAAGAAGAUGUUGUGCAGGAGGAGGAAGAGGACAAGCCACUGACUGGAAACGAGCCUGUGGACUGUUUCGAUUCAAAUACCAAGAAUCUAAAGGAUCUGCUGGACGAUGCCGAUGAUCUUCUACAGAAUUGUACCAGUGAUAACGGAAGCAAUGGAGCGGAUCUGCUCGAUUCGCUGGUCAAGCGUAGCUGCGAAGAUAAUCUUGUCCAGGAGGCAAGCACUGGCAGUGGGAGCAAUCCGCAGCACUCUUCAUCCUCCGGCGACGAACUAAGUUCCUUCUGUGUGCCCGAUCUCGACAAAGACCUGCCCAGCAUUCUCAAUAUGGACAACGACGAUGCACCCAAGUGUUUGUCCUUUAAUGAGGCGGGUGAGAUCGAGGGCUUGAAUGGAGAGCUCUUCUUGGGAAUCGAGGCCUUUGAGAAACAACAGGAAGCUGUGGCUACCGAACCGGAGCCCCAACCGCCCACUCCUGCCACCGUGGAACUGACCCAAACCCCAACGCCCACAACGACGCCGGAAAAAGAAAAAGAAAAAUCACCCGGAGUCGACGAGGCGCCCAAGGACUUGAGCUACAAGAAGAGGGAGGAAGUGUGUCCACCAUCAGAAUCGCGCAGUCAGUGUGCGGUGACUUCCAGUUCGGAUAUACUCAAGUCCCCGGAUCGGGAUCUCCAGUUGCCGGUCAACUCCAUACCUGCCGAAGUGGAGACCACCUCGGAAACCAUUAAAAAUCUCAUUCUAGAGCAGUUCCUUAAGCUGAACAACAAUCCUCAACAGGCGGAACCAAUGGAUCUGGGAAAGGCUGGGCGCGAUGGAAAACUCGAAACGGUCGUAAUUGAUGACGAGGAGGAAGAAGAGUCCAGUCAGCCGCUAAAGAAACGACCCAAGGCCAGCAUUAAGAUGGAUAAGGAUCCAGACGCACUCACCCAACUGAAGAUGCUGAUAAACAAUCCGCAAUGGAAGGUUCCAGACCCAAUACUCGUGCCAAAGGAUCGCCUCGGAGCGGUGUUAGCCUCUCCGGCCCGAGAGAUUCCAUUGCUGCUCACUACUAGGCCGGAAUUGCGUCUUCCCGAGGCAUUUGCCUAUCCAGAGAUCAUCCAGAAUCCCAAUAUUCUGGUGGUGACCAUGGAGCAGCUGGAGGCAAUUUUAAAAACGGAAUCGGAACAGGCGGCCAAAGCAACAAAAGACCCCGAUCCAGUGAUCGUGGUGCCAAGCAAAACGAGAAGUCCCAGUCCAAAGCAAACACAGCCAAAACCUGUGCUUGCCCAACCCCAGAAACCGCCAGCAGCUGCACCGGUUGCGCCAGCACCACCUUCGCCGGCGGAUUCCAGUCUCUCAACGGAUCUGAAUGCAACAACGCUGGCGUUGCUUCAACAGAUGCUUUGGCUACCUUACUUCGGCCAGUUGUCGCAGGAGUUCUUUAAGACUAUUAAAGAUCCACUGGGACUCCAAAGGAAGUUCAUGAGCAAUCUGCUGCCCUUGUACAACAGUCAGUUUGGUCUGCAGCAUCUGGACGAGUUGUACAAGCAAUGUAUGAAACAAAAACCAGCAGAGGAGCAGCAACAGCCAAAAGUGCCCACUCCAGUGCCUCCAACAGCAGCAGCUCCUCCUUCUUCCCAGAGUACGGUUACAGGAUCGAAUGCUUUUAAUGGCUUCACCAAUCCGGUGGAGCUAGCCCUCAUGCAGAAGCUGCUGCAGCCGCAAUUGCCUCAGUUCCUUAACUGGGAGGCAGCUAAGGAGGCAUCAUCAUCCUUACCCUCCGCCGCUUCUUCCACACAUCAUCAUCAUCAAGAGCUAAAGCGACCAAGAAGAGAAACCGAAACCGAGGCCGUUAGUACCUUCACCAAAUCAAAGCCGCCAUCCGCUACUCCAAGUACAUCUACUUCAUCCACCGCUGCCUCUGCACCGGUAGCCACAACAGCGCCUUCGGCUCCAGCACCGGCGGAGCACAAACCCAGACUGACCAUCAAAUCGCUCUCGAAUUUGCUGGAACCGGAGGCAAACGUGGUACCUCUGCUCAAUGUGCCCUUCGAUGGAAUUCGAGGGCGUCCUCCCAUGCACAAAGCGGUUCCCGAUCCGACCAAAGGUGACGUGGGAACCGGACGCACACUACGCUCUAGCAAAGCCUGCGUGACUUACAAUCCUAUCGAGCAGGCGAAGCAGCAAAUGCACCAAGCAUCUGGAGUCCAGCAGCAAAGGAAGCGGGGUAAUAUGCUUGCCCAGGAUGUUCAGCAGCAGCAACAUCUCGCGGAUGCGGCGGCGGCAGCUGGAAUGGAUGCCAACUCAGCGCUGUGGCAUCCACUUUUCGGAAGCAAUCCAAAACAGGGCUACAAUAGCCCAUGGCAGUGGACCACCGUGACAGCCUCUGGUGAAUGACAGUCAAGCCGGGCUCAAAAGGAGCCAGGACCUGGAACAGGAACAAGGACGG